UUUUUUAAACACUUUCGUUUCCUCUGGUUGUACCGGUACAGUGCGCCGCGGACCCGCGUAGCGCCUGGUCUGCACCUAUGGCUCACUUCUCCAACGGGGGCAUCGGAGCCUCCGCCCCCUCUUCGCCGGCGAAGGUACGGAUGCCCAACGGAGCCGGCUUGCAAAAGGAUGUAAGAGAAGGUGUCAUCUCCAGACCUGAUCCACCCGAAGAGGCUGAAACCCCGCCCUCUGGUCCUCCUUCACUCCGGUCUCUCUCCUCUGCUCUCCCUCAGCUGCCGGAGAAGGAUUCGAAAUGGAUCCUUCGGUUGGUAGAGGCCUCUGCCAAGGGUUUCGCCAUAGGCGCCGGCCUGAAGGGUGGGCUUGCACUGUUCUCCGUUCUAGUGCGGCUGAGGAGCCGCAGAUCUGUGAAAUUUUCGUCGAGAAAGGCGGGAUCUUUUACGAACGAGGAGGCCGUGGUGCUGGCUUUGAAGGAAACUUUGAGAUAUGGCUUGUUUCUGGGGACUUUUGCAGGAACAUAUGUUUCGGUUGACGAGAUUAUUGCUUCAUUUGGUGGGCGACAAAGAACUUCAGGUUGGAGAUCCCUACUAGCAGGCCUGAUUGCAGGCCCAUCAAUGCUUUUGACAGGGCCAAAGACACAACACACUAGCUUGGCUAUAUACAUUCUUAUGCGCGCCACAGUACUGGCAUCACGUUGUGGGAUUAAGAGUCAACGAUUUGGCGGUGUUUGUAAACCAUUGACUUGGUCACAUGGUGAUGUAUUUCUCAUGUGUCUUGCCUCGUCUCAGAUCCUCUCUGCUUACAUUCUGAAGCAAGACAGCUUACCCUCUUCAUACAAGUCAUUCCUUAAUAAGCAUGGUGGAAAGGAUGCUCUAAUUCUGCAGGGUGUUAGCGAGAUUGCAUCCAAUAUGCCUUUUUCGAACUUAGAAGGGAUUGAGAAGUAUUAUAAGUCUAUUGGUGUUGAUGUGAAACUAGAUCCUAACAUGAAAGUUCCAUGUUCAAUUGUGCAUGACAAUCAAUCUUGUGCUGGACAUUUUAUAAAAUUCCUUUUCCAAGAAUAUGGAAGAGCAGUUCCAGUUUAUUUGCCAGUUUACUUGGUUCCUGCACUGAUUGUUCAUCGCCAGGGUCUUUUGAAAAUGCACUACAAGAUUUUGGGUAAGAGUCUGUUGGGGACUGCAAGAUCUAGCUUGUUCCUUUCUGUAUAUUGUGCAUCAGCCUGGGCUUGGACCUGCCUGCUCUUCAGAAUUCUGCAAAGAUGCAACAUACCAAUGGUCGCUAUGGGGACUUUUCCUACUGGUCUUGCGUUGCUGAUCGAGAAGAAGAGCCGAAGGAUUGAGAUUUCUCUGUAUUGCCUAGCUCGAGCCAUCGAAAGCUUCUCCACUUGUUUGGCUGAUGCCGGACUACUCCCUCAAGCAUCCAAGUUGAAGCGAGCCGAUGUCGUCGUCUUUAGUUUAGCUACAGCCAUCAUCAUGCACUGCUACGCGCAAGAAAGAGAGGUGUUUCGCUCAAAGUACUUGAAUGUGCUCGACUGGGUCUUCGGCGUGCCCACAUCAUCCGACGAUGAAGAUCGCAAGAAAUCCUGAAUGACCGGAACGUCACUAGUCCAUCCUUUACAAGGAAAACAAAGCAGAGUGUGGAGUCGUCGUAAUUGACAUCGUAGCAGAGCAGUUCUUCGAGAGAAAAAUGUCGUUUCAAAUCAUUGGAACAUUGUAUUCUUUUGAUUACUUUCUAUUUGAUAAACAUCUAAUUUUGUUUCUAUAAGUUUGUCGCUGUUACUCAUGUCUAUAUCAUGAUUUGAAUGGAAUUAAAUUUUAUCGA